AGCUUGGGGGCGGUCAAUGAGCCUGCGCAAACGGCGCGGCGAAGUGGGGGAGGGCGGUCCGUGUGUGUCUGUGUUGUUGUUCGGCGGCAGCGGCGGCGGCGGUAAGAUGGCUGCCCACGGGGGCUCCGCGGCGUCCUCGGCGCUGAAGGGGUUAAUUCAGCAGUUCACCGCCAUCACCGGUGCAAGCGAAAGUGUAGGGAAACAUAUGCUCGAAGCCUGCAACAAUAAUCUGGAGAUGGCAGUCACUAUGUUUUUGGAUGGUGGAGGAAUUGCUGAAGAGCCCAGUACCAGUUCAGCAAGUGUCUCCACAGUCAGACCACACACAGAAGAAGAAGUUCGUGCCCCAAUUCCUCAGAAACAGGAAAUAUUGGUGGAACCAGAACCUUUGUUUGGUGCUCCUAAAAGACGACGGCCUGCACGUUCAAUAUUUGAUGGUUUCCGAGAUUUUCAGACUGAAACUAUUCGGCAAGAACAGGAAUUAAGAAAUGGAGGAGCAAUAGAUAAGAAACUAACUACCCUUGCAGAUCUCUUCCGGCCACCCAUUGAUUUGAUGCAUAAAGGCAGCUUUGAAACAGCCAAAGAGUGCGGCCAGAUGCAAAAUAAGUGGCUAAUGAUAAACAUUCAGAAUGUACAAGACUUUGCAUGCCAGUGCCUCAACCGUGAUGUAUGGAGCAAUGAAGCUGUGAAGAAUAUUAUCCGGGAACAUUUCAUUUUCUGGCAGGUUUAUCAUGACAGUGAGGAAGGUCAGAGAUACAUACAGUUUUAUAAGCUGGGGGAUUUCCCCUAUGUUUCCAUCCUGGAUCCACGGACAGGUCAGAAGCUAGUAGAGUGGCACCAAUUAGAUGUAUCUUCUUUCUUGGAUCAAGUGACAGGAUUUCUGGGUGAACAUGGGCAACUGGAUGGACUUUCUAGCAGUCCCCCCAAAAAAUGUGCCCGUUCAGAGAGCCUUAUAGAUGCAAGUGAAGACAGCCAGCUAGAAGCUGCCAUCAGAGCCUCCUUGCAAGAGACACACUUUGAUUCAACACAGACAAAACAGGAUAGCCGCUCAGAUGAAGAAUCUGAAUCUGAACUUUUUUCUGGCAGUGAGGAGUUCAUAUCCGUUUGUGGCUCUGAUGAAGAAGAGGAGAUAGAGAAUCUUGCCAAGUCCAGAAAAUCUCCCCACAAAGAUUUGGGGCAUAGAAAAGAGGAGAACAGAAGGCCACUAACUGAACCCCCAGCCAGAACUGAGCCUGGAGCAGCCACAAACCACCAAGGAUUGCCAGCCGUGGAUUCAGAAAUAUUGGAGAUGUCACCUGAAAAAUCAGAUGGAAUAGUGGAGGGCAUAGAUGUAAAUGGACCAAAAGCACAGCUGAUGUUGCGGUAUCCAGAUGGAAAAAGGGAACAGAUCACUCUUCCAGAGCAAGCUAAACUGUUGGCUUUGGUGAAGCACGUCCAGUCUAAAGGAUAUCCAAAUGAACGUUUUGAACUUCUCACCAACUUCCCUCGAAGAAAACUCUCUCAUCUGGACUAUGACAUUACAUUACAGGAGGCAGGCCUUUGUCCUCAAGAGACUGUCUUUGUACAGGAAAGAAAUUAACAUCAUGGCCUGACCUCUCUCAGUUUACCCCUUUUUUCCCUUUCCUGUGAGAUACCAUGUCACUAAGUAUGCAUUUUGGCUCAUAGGACCAUAGAGCCAAGUUGGGCAAGCAAGUCACCUGCCUUCUCUUUUAUUUCUUGCUCUCUCCUAUAUUCAGUCUCUUUUCCCCCUCCCCCCACCUUUUCAGUCCUCUUCUAUUUUCUUCUUUUUCCUACUAUUCUUUCUUUCUUACCUAAUCUGGUGACCAAAUGGAAGUGUAAGGAUUAGACCUCCUAGUACUGGCAGCAGGAAAUGUGUGUUCCAAUAAGUGGUCUCUUGCACGGCACUUUUUUGGGAUCAAAUGAUAAUGUUACUCCUCAGAUCCUUUGGUAAAGGAAUGGCUAGAUUCAGAAUAAGAACAACCUCCCUUUUUUGUAAGCCCCAUUUUUGGUAGGGAAAAGAAACUCUAUAACACAUGUUUUGUUUUGUUGUUCAUGUAAGAAAUAUCACGUGACAAAAUAUCCAGGCUUCCGUUUACAUGGAAAAAGCAUCCCUUAUAAUUAUUGCUCAUCAUAUUUAAAAUUUUUUUCAACGGAUUCCCACGUUCCCAGCUAGAAUUAUUUCCAUGGUAUGUGUUAUUGGCAGAAUGAGUGUUAAAUGUAGGGUGAGUAGCAUGGGGUGGCUUUCAAUAUCCUAGCCUGAAACAGCUUUCUUCAUUAUUACUUUAUAAACUGUAUUGAUCCUGCUAGUCCUGAAAAGGACAUUUAGUGAGGCUCUUGUGGUAAUUAGAAUAGGAAGGUGCUUGCUGUUUUUGCCAGUACAGCAUACUAGUUCCCUUGGCCCUUCCAUUGUUUGGGUCCACAAGUGAUCAAUGGGAAGGCAGCUGUUCAGUAAUCAUGCAGUCCAGUGGCUUGUAGUUGUAACCACUAUGGUUAUUGAUCGUCCUAUGGGCUUUAAGGCAUACUUAUGUAUGUCCUGGGGGGAAAAAGAAGAAGAUGCAGCUGAGAGUUGCUAACCAUGUUCCUGCGGUUAGAAUGAUUCAUUUUUUUUAGCCCCGGUUGGAGUAGUUUCUAAAAGGCUCUGGUGACUGAAUGAGCUUAAAUUCCUCUACUGUUUUCUUGCAAAAGGUAUCAAAACUGAAAGCCUCUGUAAGGGGAAGACCUUUAAAUUCAAUUUAUAAGACAACAUUUAGUAAGGGAGGUGGAGAAGAUUAUCAGGAGUCUUGAGAUGUUGUGGGGUUUUUCUGCCAACAAAAGCCACAUUCAAAAUGUAGUUGGUGAAAGCUUUUUUCCGUAUUACUUAGAAGAGGCCAUCUUGAAUCUAUGUAAUACUGUUUGACUUAGCACCUUCACUGUAUGCUCAAUUCUUAUUUUGAGCUUUAGGGUCCUCUGAAGGGGUAGUAAUGAUUCUGGUGGCAAAAUCAGAAUUUUAACCUUGUUAUAUAGAAUGGGCCUAUUUUGUCAAUUGGGGAUUUGGAUCGAUCGAUUCUUCUACUUGAGGAACAUAAAUUGCUAUUGCUCAGAGACCUUUAGGUUCCCAUCUACUUUAAGAUCACUCUCUUGGCAACUAGGGGAUUAAAAAAAAAAAGAUGCUCAUGUGUUGCUAGUACACAAUUAGAGAAUGUGGUUUCUAAUGGUUGGAUUUAGAGGGAUCCUUCCUAAAGAAUGAGUUAUGUAUCUCCUCAAGGAAAUCAUGGAAAAUUCUGUUUAUUCUUCAGUGAGUCCUUUUGAAUUAAUGUUCUUACAUUUUUUUCUAAGUCUGUGUAAGUGCUUAUGUAUAAGUAUAUAAUUGUAUAAAUAUUUAUAAAUAUAUUUAUAUAAUUACAAUUUCAUUUAUACCUUGAGUCAAAGUUCUCUCUUUAGAUUGGUGACUGAGUAAUACCAUUUCGGUGUUUUUUCAUAGGCUCUCGAGUAACUAGCAGCUUCUGAUUUACUGAGGAAACGUGGUUUUCAUGUUCCUCAGUUGUAUCUCUCAACUUGGAUAAUGUACUUGCUAUCUGAGGAAUAGAGCUCUAUAGUAGCAAAGGUGCAGUAGAGGGUUAAAAACAUGUUGAGUAGACAAGGUCAGAAAUGCAAAAAUUCAGGGAGGCACAGGGUAAGAACUGCGGGCAUGCCCAGCUUUGGUGCUGUGAUGGCAGUGCCCCGCUCUCUGCAGUCACAGCUGAAGCCCAAAUCUGUCAAAAAUGUGAAGUCAAGAAUUUUCCCUGUGGGACUCUUUCAUCCUUUUGCUUACUAACUUCUCUUUACAAAACGUCUCAAAAACCUGAGGCAUGUUCAUUAAUGAUAGGAUGUAGUUCUGCCUUUUUGAUGAGGUCAGCCGUGGCAUAUCCAUUUAUGAGAAACCAAAGGGACUUUUCAACAUGGAUUUUACUGUGAGAUGACCCGAGUAUGUAUAAAAUGAUUCAAGUAAGCAUAUCAAAGACUUAGGGCAUGAGAUACUGAUCCAACUUAGGUACAGCGGGUGUGUCUAGAGUACAAGAUGUUGAGGAUUUUCUUUUAUUGUGAGGCAGAAGUGUAAUUAUCCCUGGUUUGAUACAGAGGCCCAUGGGGAGAGUAAAUAAGGAGUAUCGCUUCGCUCAUGAGCUUAAUUCACUAAAGGAGUAAGCUUCCUCCAGUUUGUCUUAUUUCCUCUGCAAAUUCCUUUGCUCUGUGGAGGAGAGAUUUUAUUGAAUAGAUUAAAUGAAGCUAGUAAGAUUAGUUAAAAAUAGCCAUUCCUUGUAGGUGUUGGAAACAGCUCGAAAGAACAGGGGGGUUGGAAAACGACAAGAGAGACUUUGAGAGUGACAAGAAACAAAUACAGGGAGAUGGAAUGAAAACUAGUGGGGGAAGAAAGUGACAGGAAACACCUUUUGAUUGUAAUUUAGAAAGGAACCAGAGAAGAGAGAGAACAGCCAAAUGAGGGAAGAAUGGGAAACUAAUUUUGAGUAACUAGCAUGUGCUAGGUACUUCCUGUGCAUUUUCUCCUUUAAUCUUCCUAAGAACUCUACAAAGUGUAUAUUCUCCCCAUUUUGUAGAUAGGACACAAUUGAAGUUUAGAGAAUAUGUUCAGGAUGUCAGAGCUAGUAAUUGGCAAAAUCAAAAUUGGCAUCCAGAGUCCAUGUUUUUUUCACUCCCUUGCUGUUGUCUCCUACAACAGGGGAAUCAGUUUACCCAAAAGGUUAUCUUCCUAUUGUUUGGCUCUGUAAAUUAUCAUUUGGUUUUGUUUCCUUAAAGCUUGUGGGAUUUGCACUAUGCCUAUAAAUUCUUAUUUACACCACUGUUUUGAGGGACUGAUGGUUGCUUUUUAAAAAAAUGAUGCACUGAUGAAAAUGUGAAAGGAAAAUAUGUGGCAUUAUUUGCCAAGAAUAAAUGGAAAGGGUAAAAAAUAAUUUUAUCUUUUUUUAACCAUUUUUGGGAAAAGAUAGAGUUAUCUUUUCUUUGUCCCACCCAUACCAGAUUAUUGAACUCUCUAUGUGUAUGUUUUUAAAUCUCCUAUAACAUUCUACUUCCUUGACUCUAAAAGUCAACAAGUAUUUACUGAGUCCUUAAUCAAAGUUGGAAAUAUCUUGAAGUCUAAUACCUGGUUUCUUCUGUUUUAUCCAGUUGGAAAGAUACACUACACAUGAGAUCAUUGAAGAACAUGUAAAUGCUUACCUUUUUGGUGCUGAACAAUAAUUACAGUAAAAGUUUAGAAAGGGGAAAGACUUAGGCUUUCAUUAGGAAAGUCCACAAAAAAAAAAAUAAAUAAAUAAAACCGAAAAGUGGCAAACACUGUAGCUCAAAGUUUUUGACUCACCUGUAUUCAUUCUUUAGUUCCACCUUUUGUAACUACUAGACUUAGGGCAUGACUUUUAUCAGUAAGGUACACCCAGCACCCAAGUAGGAAAGGAUUAUUGAUCCCAGGACUAAAGAUUUUAGCUAGCAAGGAUCUCACUUGGACACUUAGGAAAAUACCAGAGGGAGCCACUAGGAACUGGAAAGUGAAGGAAAGAUUUCAUUUCUCUCCCCAGGUACAAAUCAAGUGUAUAAAGGGGCACUAUGUGUAGGCGUAAGUGCACUUGGGUAACAGCGCUGCUGCUAAUAGAGAAUUGGACUAGAUCAAUGGUUCUCAGUCUUUUCAAGUAAAAGGACUUAAAAUAUUAAAAUUCGGCAAGAGUGGGGAAUUGUGGGAUUAAUUAUUAAUAACAUUAUGUCCAUAGAUGAGGAAAAUGUAAAUGUGCGUAUGGAAUUGCAGACCCUUUGCAAAAACUCCAGGAACCCACAGACUGUAGACCACCAAAUUAGAUUAUCUUUGAAGUUCUUUCCACUCUAAAAUUUUAUACUUCUAAUUUCUUCUCUUUAUAUUAUCCCUAGGCUAAUUAAAAAUUUUCUUGUUAAUCACUUCCUGUAUUUUUUUUGUUUCCAAGUUUCAUUUGCCCAGUAACUUAAUCUAACCUCACUGUGAUGACUAAAAUCUCCAAAAAGGAAAAUAUCGUAGUUCUAGAUCUAGUAAUGAGCUUUUAAACACAAUUCAUAAUAUUUAAAAACUUCAUGCUGUGUUUCUAAUCGGUGUUAAGUAUGACUAAAAUGUAAUUAAUGAGAACCAAAUAUUUCACUGACACCAGAGUUAAAUUUAUUUUACCUGUGUGCUUAAACAAAGCACUUUACUGGCUGAGCAGUUGUUAGGAAAUUGAUUUGUGUAAGUUGUAGAAUUCACACUUGGUUUUGGCAGGAACAACUUUUUCAAGAUUCAAUUAGGCUGACUUUCAAAAAUAUUUCUUAUCUCACAGAGUAUAUCUCUAUUAGGUCAUUCAUAUUCUCUCUGUCUCUGGCCCUCUUUGAGUUAACUACUCAAUAGUAAAUCAUAGGAUACUGGUUGAUGAGUAAGUGAUGGCUUGUGUCAAACUAAAUGAGAGUAGGAAGAACCAACCUUAACUGAUGAACAUGGCAGUUGUCCAGUAUUACAAGCCUUAAUGAAAAGGCUACUUAAAGACAGCUGUGUCCCAUGAAUAUUCAGCUUCAUUGAUUUGCCUCGCAUAGCAUUAUCAAUUAUUGUCUUGACUUGAAACUUAGUAUUGCAUUGUACACGGUUUAGACUGGUGGCAAGAAUGUUCUUUCGUACAGAAAAUAACCAACAGAAUAUCAAGGCACUAUCUUGAUUUCUCCUAUUCUAUAGAAGUUUAGUAUUUUAGUCUUUGAACACUACUAGAGAGACAGCUUAGAAUCAAGAAUAUUUUUUUAUAGAGAUUUUGACAACCUUGAUAGUUUCCCCAUGAAGUGAACUUGUGAUUAAAUUACUGGAUGUGAUGAUGAGACUGUUAAUUAGAAAAUCGUUUCAUCCUACAUUCUCUUUUACUUUGUCAUUCUCUAUUCUCAAUUUUUUUGGACAUCCAUUCACUGAAAAUUAGUCAUGAUUUUUAAUGAAAUUAACUAUAAGAAAUUCCAUUUCUAAGUUUGAAUAACACUUAAAAAUUUUUUCAUAAAAUAUAAGGGAACAAUUUGAAACAAUAGUUUCAAAACAAGAGUUUCAUAGCUCAUUUUCUCUCUCUACCUAAAAAUUCUUAUUCCAAAUAUAGAACAGCUAGCACCAUGAUACCCCUCCCCUUUCUUUGGCCUACAGAAUGCUGUUGUACUGCUUAGAGUCUCAGUCAUUCUCCUAAACAUGAUCAUUUUUGGUUCAAGCCUUUCUUUGCCAUAUGAUCUAGUAGAGUUGGGCAGUCCAAUAUGAACUACUUCAGUAAAACGAUUUAACAUUUCAGGAAAGUAUUUUCAAGAGAUGGCCAGGUUUACUUGGAUUAGAGAUACAAAUACCAAUGGUAGUAUUUUGCCCAAGAACAAUCCCACAUUAAUCUCUAAAUAUGGGGAAGUUGCCUUGUUGUACUUAAUUCUGUGGCCACAAACAGCAAAUUUUUGUUGUUUGCUUAUUGGUAUUUCCUGUAUAGAGAUCAAAAUGCCCUGAGAUUUUUAUAUCCCUUACGGGGUCACUUAAGUUUUCAAAUAGGAAGAAUAGUGAAGCUACAUGGGACUGAACAUAAGAAAAAUUUUAUCUGUAUCAAAACAAGUUAUUAAUCUAACUGGGCUACCAUGAAUCAUUCAUUUAUAAUAUGUGGUAAAUAAAAUGGGAAGCAUUUCAAAUCACUGGAUAGUUCUGACCUGGAAUUCUCCUUUUCUUAAAAUCUUUUUUAUUUGCUUUUUUCUUAGACUCAGUAAGAGCAUCUUAACUAAUAAGGGAGAGAUUUUGGUCUGGAGCUAUUCCCUGCCAUUCUUUUUUUUUCUUUUGUCAAGCUUGCUGGUUUUAGAAGAGUACAUGUCACUAGAUUUCUGUUUCAAAUUAAUGACACUGCAAUGCUGAUGCUCAGAAAACUGCUUUCAACAAAAUGGUUUGAUAGUAUGUUCUCAGAUUUCUGUGUUCUUAAUAAUGAAAAAUAUCAAUACAUUAAAUGGUGUGAUUCAAAAUAUUAAAUAGGUUUUUUACCCUAAUCAUAUGUUCUUAACAACUUUUUGAUUUAUUGCCCUGUAAGUUAAACCUCACAUGAAGUUACCAUUGUCACCAGAAAAUCCCCUUUUACCUGCUAAUUAGAAUGAAAGUAGUAUGUGACCUCCACUUUUUAGUUAAUGAGUGUAGCAAGCUUGUACUAGCGGCUGUUUAUCUUACCCAUUUUG